UCUCCGCGCCUCCUCCCGGGGACAGACAGACAGCCGUCCCCGCCUUCUGCACACCAUGAAGCGGCCGUGCGAGGAGAGCAGCUCGGCGGAGAGCGACGUGGAGGAAACUAUUGAUGUGGGCAGUGAGAACAUCUAUCCCGGGCACAUGAAGGGAUCCUUUAUAAGAUGUGGAUCACCAACCACAACCACUCAAGUUAUGGCAAGGAAGAAACGAAGAGGGAUAAUCGAGAAGAGACGCAGAGACAGGAUCAACAACAGCCUGUCAGAGUUGAGGAGACUCGUCCCAACAGCCUUCGAGAAGCAGGGUUCAGCCAAACUGGAGAAGGCAGAGAUUCUCCAGAUGACGGUGGACCAUCUGAAGAUGCUGCAGGCCACUGGAGGGAAAGGUUAUUUCGAUGCCCAUGCGCUGGCCCUGGACUUCCUGUCUCUGGGUUUCAGGGAGUGUGUGACGGAGGUUUCUCGUUACCUGAGCGCCGUGGAAGGCCUGGACUCCAGCGACCCGCUCCGCACGCGCCUCCUGUCCCACCUUACCUCCUGUGCCUCACAACGAGACGCUGCCGCCCUGACCGCUGCCUCCCAUCAGCCCCAUCACCAUCAUCACCAACUCCCACCCCACCCCUUCCAUCCCCACCACUGGGCUGCUGCAGUCGCCACGGCGGCAACGUUUCGCCCUCUACCGGCUGCUGCUGCGGCGUUCGGACUGAGCGGGCUUCCUGUUUCUUCCCCCGACGGCGGAAGUGGAGCCCCCCAGAGGCUGGUGGAGCUGUCACAGCGCAGCAUGGCUGCCUCCUUUUCCUCCCACACAGACUCCGCCUCCUCCUCCUCUCCUUCCUCCUCCUCCUCCUCCUCUUCCUCUUCUCUUGUGAUGCCCUGUACCCCAACUCCUCUCUCCGCCUCCCUCCUCUCCCUCUCGGCAUCGAUGCAGUCAUUUCCCAUCGCCCUCCCUGGAGGUUUCCCCAUUCUCCCUCCUUCCUCCUUCACCUCCUCUGCUGCCAGUCCUCCAAUCUCUUCUUCUUCCUCCUCAUCCUCCACCUCUUCCUCCCAUACUCCUCAAAGCAGCAGCACUAAACCCUACAGACCAUGGGGAACUGAGGUUGGAGCUUUCUGACUGAUGGCUUUUUACCAACUGUUUUUACUGGCUGGUUGAUUAACCUUAGUUGGCCAUCUGCUGACUGACUGGUUUUACUGCCUGUUUUAACCACCUGGUUAGCAGAAUACUUUCAUUACCAGUUAACGAUUGAAGUGGAGGACUUCUGACCAUCGAGUUUUGACAACUAGUUUUAACACCUGAACUAAACCACUAAUCACUCGUUAACCUUUGAAGUGGUAUUGUUGUGAAUGACACAUUCACUGGUUUCCACCUGCUGAUAUAACUGACUGACUGGUUUCCCCAACUGGAUUAACUGAUUGAUUGAACAACUUUGAAUGGGGUUGUCCAGAGAACAAAUGAAUGCCACUGAAUUCAUUGCACUUUGUCUCUUAUUUGCUAAUACACUUCAACAGUCUGCCAAGUCAAAGUGGAGAGAUUCAUUCUCAAAUGAGAUUUAGUACAUUUAUUAUGAAACAAUUGCUGUUUCAACAUAGGAAUAAAGUAAAACCAUUAUUAUUACCUAUGUUGAAGAACCUUUCCCUGUUGAACAUCUGAAGAAGAAGAUGAAAUCAUACUACUGAGCGGUUAAAUUCAGUUGCUUUCUAAAUGUGGACAUGCUUUGUGUUUUGGAAUGAAACUCCUCAAUUCCAAUGUGAGUAUGCUCUAAAACCUUCAUUAAAGUCAAUCAGGUGGUUUUCUAAAAUCCAAAGGGAGCCAACAGGCAUAUCAAGGUUCCCAAUUAGCAAAAAUAUCUCUUCAGACCUCUUUGAAGGGGUUCCUCAAGGAGUCCUCUGGGGUCCACUUUGUUUUUACAUUUUAGGUGUUUAGCAAAUGCGUUUUCUUGGAGUGAGCUCAACAGAAGAAUAAACCUAGAUACCUAGAUACCAAGGUACCUAGAUCACCAUUAGUAAGGAGGUCAAUGGGCCGUUACUAGGUUAAUAGGUAUAUUCCAGUACACCGAGAGGAGAUUGUGCCUAUUUGAGAAAUCCUAAAUGAAUUUUUGUCAGUGCCUCGAUGAUUGCAAUCCAAAGAACCCCCAAAGGUUCCUCUGAAGUCCUCCAGAUGUUUGAGUGCACUCUGGUAUUGCAGAUGACAAUGAAGGAUCCUUAUACUUGGAUGGUUUGGGACUCAAAUGCGACAAUGGGAUUGAAUUCUGGAUCAAAGAAAUGGCCAAGAGAAACACCCAAAAGACUCGUUACCUUGUCUUGGUAAGGGAACUAUGUGGCCUUAUUGUAUCUUGAGAUUUUUUUUUCAUAUCAUGUUUGGAUCAACCGUUCAAACAACAGCACUCACCUGAAAGGUAUUGAACCAAAGGUUGCUCCUGAGAUAAUCUGUUGAUUGAGAGUACUAUUGUAACACAACCACUAACAACAACAGUAGUAAAUAUAUAAAUGUAUUGAAAGGAAUUACGAAGAACAAGCCCUGAAAUCACAGUUGGUGUCAAUUAAUCUUCACUUCAAACUAUGUGAAAUAUCUGUGGAAUUUGCAAGUGAAUUCGGAUUAGGGUUAGGGUUUGUAUUUGCUGCUGGAAAAGAAAAAGAUGGUAGCACUAUUUCUCUCCCGGUUUGACAAAACAAAGAAAAUACCAAAUUUGCGGAAUUCAGCGAAACAAUCUUUUGCAGCAUCAUUUAAACACCGCACUCUGAUAAAAUUGACUCCUUUGCUUGGUCUAGAG